AUGGAGCCGGACGUGCAAUGGGCCACGGAGCUCGUCGACCAGAAGCUGGCGGAGGAGGAGGAGAGGCUCAAAGGCGAAGGCGCCCGCGAGCCGCCGGCCGUGGAGCGCAUGAACACGCCGGAGCUGGAGGAGGAGAAACGCCGCGGCGCCAGGAACCGGGGCGUCGAGGCAGUCAAGGGCCAGGAGCGGGUGCGGAGGAGCUCGGUGGACCUGCGGCGGGAGAUCAUCGACGUGGGGAGCAUCCAGCGCCUCAUCGAGCUGCGCAAGCAGCGCCGCAAGCGCCGCGAGGAGAGGGCGGCCACCCCCGAGCCCCCGCCGCCGGCCGAGCCCCCGGAGAUCGAGGGCCCUGUGGAGCCGGAGGCGUUCCUGCGAGCCGCCGUCCAGGGCAAAAUCCGUGUCAUCGAGAAGUUUUUGGCAGACGGAGGCUCCCCGGACACGUGUGACGAGUUCCACCGCACGGCCCUGCACCGCUCGGCGCUGGAGGGACACAUGGACGUCCUGCAGAAACUGCUGGACAGCGGCGCCACCGUCGACUUCAGGGACCGGCUGGACUGCACGGCCAUGCACUGGGCCUGCCGGGGCGGCCACCUGGAUGCCGUGAAGCUGCUGCUGGGCCACGGCGCCGACCUCAACCUGAAGGACAAGCUGCUGAGCACCCCGCUCCACGUGGCCACGCGGACCGGCCACCCCGACAUCGUGGAGCACCUCAUCCACUGCGGGGUGCACAUCAACUCCCCGGACAGGGAAGGUGACACGGCUCUGCACGACGCCGCGCGCCUCAGCCGCUACAAGAUCGUCAAGACGCUGAUCCUGCACGGGGCUGACAUGAUGGCCAAGAACCUGGACGGCAAGACCCCCACGGACCUGGUGCAGCAGUGGCAGGUGGACACGCGCCAGGCGCUGCAGAGCAAGGAGCGGGCGCAGGGGCUGACGGAGGUCCCGGCGUGA